AGCAGCAGCCGCCGCAGCAGCCGCAGCAGCCGCAGCAGCAGAAUCUCCAAGGAGUCGAGCCUCUUCUGGGAUCCUCCCACCGUUCGGCGGCCGGAGGAGGAGAAGCGGCGGCGGCGGCACCAGCGCUGAGAAGCAGGUAUGGAGAGCAAAAAACUGAUUUCUGCUACUGACAUUCAAUACUCUGGCAGUCUGCUUAGCUCCUUGAAUGAACAACGUGGCCAUGGACUCUUCUGUGAUGUUACUGUUAUUGUGGAAGAUCGAAAAUUUCGGGCCCAUAGGAAUAUUCUUUCAGCUUCAAGUACAUACUUCCAUCAGCUCUUCUCGGUUGCUGGUCAGGUUGUUGAACUGAGCUUCAUAAGAGCAGAGAUCUUUGCAGAAAUUCUCAAUUACAUCUAUAGCUCUAAAAUUGUUCGUGUUAGAGCAGAUUUACUUGAUGAGUUAAUUAAAUCGGGCCAGUUGUUGGGAGUGAAAUUUAUAGCAGAGCUGGGUGUCCCACUGUCACAGGUUAAAGGCAUCUCAGGUGCAGCUCCGGAAGGUAAUGCUGAAACCUUACCUGCUGACUCUAGUGAUAAAAACGUUGUAAUAGAAAAGUCAAAAGAUGAAACCCAAGACAACGGGGCUACGAACAUGCCUAUUAUAACAGAGUCUUUUUCCUUAUCUGCUGAAGAUUAUGAAAUGAAAAAAAUCAUUGUUACUGAUUCAGAUGAUGAUGACGAUGAUGUCAUUUUCUGCUCUGAGAUUUUGCCUGCAAAGGAGACUUUGCCGAGUAGCAAUGAAGUGACACAGGUCCAGCCUAAGCCAGGCCCUGUUGCUAUUUCAGAUGUGGCACCUUGUGCCAGUAAUAACUCUCCCCCUUUAACAAGUAUCACACCUACUCAGAAGUUUCCCCCUCCUGUGAAUCAGGCAACACUGAACCAAAAACAAGGAAGUGAAAAAUUGCUGGUAUCUUCGGCUCCAACCCAUCUGACUCCCAACAUUAUUUUGCUAAGUCAGACACCACUUACUACACCUCCAGUUGCCAGUGCUUCACUUCCUAAUCAUAUGUCAUCUCCUAUCAACUUACUUGUACAGAAUCAGCAGACACCAAACAAUGCUGUUUUAACAGAAAGCAAGGUGAGUGAAGAAAUGGAGGAGGAAAUUAUAGAUGAUGAUGAUGAUACUAUUAGCUCCAGUCCAGACUCAGCAGUCAGUAAUACAUCUUUGGUCCCACGGGCUGAUACCGCUCAGAAUGCUACUUUUGAUGGAUCAUUGGUACAGAAGAUGCAGAUUCCUACACUUCUGCAAGAACCAACUUCACAUUCUUUAAAAGUUUCUGAUAUAAUUACUAGAAACACUAAUGAUCCAAGCUUAGGAUCAAAAUAUCUCAUGGAGGGUCAGAAGAUCAUUACUUUAGAUACGGCUACUGAAAUUGAAGGACUGUCCACUGGUUGCAAGGUUUAUGCAAAUAUUGGUGAAGAUACUUACGAUAUAGUGAUCCCUGUCAAAGAUGACCCUGAUGAGGGGGAGGCCAAAAUUGAUAGUGAAUUAUCAAAAACAUCUCACAGUGAGUCUACAAGCAAACGUAUGAAAGUAAAACAUGAUGAUCACUAUGAGUUAAUAGUAGAUGGAAGGGUCUAUUAUAUCUGCAUUGUAUGCAAAAGGUCAUAUGUCUGUCUGACAAGCUUGCGAAGACAUUUUAACAUUCAUUCUUGGGAAAAGAAGUAUCCAUGCCGUUACUGUGAGAAAGUGUUUCCUCUUGCAGAAUAUCGCACAAAGCAUGAAAUUCACCAUACGGGGGAGCGAAGGUAUCAGUGUUUGGCUUGUGGCAAAACUUUCAUCAACUAUCAUUUCAUGUCUUCGCACAUAAAGUCAGUUCAUAGUCAAGAUCCUUCUGGGGACUCAAAGCUUUAUCGUUUACAUCCAUGCAAGUCUUUGCAGAUCAGACAGUAUGCAUAUCUUUCUGAUAGGUCAGGCACUAUCCCUGUCAUGAAGGAUGAUGGUAUUGGUUAUAAGGUUGAUGCUGGAAAAGAACCGCCAGUAGGGACCACAUCUACUCAGAACAAGCCAAUGAGCUGGGAAGAUAUUUUUAUUCAGCAGGAAAAUGAUUCAAUGUUUAAACAGAAUGUAACAGAUGGCAGUACUGAGUUUGAAUUUAUAAUACCAGAGUCUUAUUGAACUUCUUUGAAAUACCAGUUAGUUUCAGGUUGGAUUAAGGGGUAGAGAUUACAAAAGACCUGUAAAACAAAUUAAAGUGAAUACAGGUUAAUCUGACCUCACACAUCCUCUGAAGGUAGUAUAGAUGAAUUGUUAAUCAUUUUUAGAAGCAAUCUUCUCUGAAAUUUUGAGUAGAGGUUGAAAAGUUGUGCCCCCAAGCAUUGGUUUAGUUAGCUUUCUGCUCAUUUCAAAGAAAAAUUUUAAAAUUCAGAGAGAUAGUUUCUUGGGUAGAAUUUGAAAGUCUGAAUAUUCUUUGAAAAAUCACUGGAGUUUCUAGCAUAUCCUAGUACAUUUUUACAGUUUCCCCCUUUCAUGUUAGCACUUUACUGCUCAAUUCCCAGUUUUGUUUUUUAACAUCAAGACUAUAAGUGUGUGUUGUGUCUUGUAUAUGGCAUUAAAAAGUAAAGGACUGCCAAAAAUUGUUCUAGAAAAACUCAGAAUAAAUCUCUACUUCAGUAUAUUCUGCUAGUCUUAAAUGGAUAGCGACCUCCUGCCUCGUCCCAUUAAAAUAGGAAUGCAAAAAAAAAGUCAUAUGAAGAAUAAAUUAGUUUUAGCUAAUUAGAAUUAACACUUGGCUUUUAUUACCACAGUCUGAAAAAGACUUUGGUGGCUUGGCCACUAUAGGCUUUAUAGUGUGUUCUCUGGGCAAAAAAACUAGUGGAAGGAAAAAAUACAUCGAGGAUGAGCUACCGCCUGCAGACAGGAGGAAACAAGUUCUGUUGCACUUAUUUUGAAUUCCCUGUUCUUAAAGGAUAGAAUAAGUAGAGUUCAAUGGGGAUUUCUUUCUGUUCAUUAUGGUUAAGAAUAUUCUUCUGAAAUUCUAUAAAUUUUUAAUCUGAAAGCCACCAAAUGAAUCUUUAUACAUUAUUUAUGUAUAAAUCUUUGUAAAUGACAGACCCCAUAGAUGAGACUCCUAUGUAUUUUGGGUGGAGGCUACUGGCAUAUAUUUUUAAAUGUUUAUAUUAGAAUCUCCAAUAGGAACUUUUCAUUUGAAAUAGUUUAUGUGGUGACCUAGUAUUUUGUUUUCAGCAAGUUCUUAGGGCUAUCCCAUCUCCAAGUUGCUGCAGUAUUAAAGCAAUCAGAAACUACAUAUGGAAUGUUAUAUAGGCUUAUAAAGUCCCAUUUGACAACAACAAAUACCACUUUACUUCCUUUCAAGAUGAAACAUAUUUAAACACUUAGAAAAUAAUGUUAAAUUGCAUUUAAUUGCUACUACUGAAAGGAAGCAGGUUGGAACAAAUAUAUAGCCUACCAUUUUUAACAAGAUUAGCUUGAAAUGUAAAUUUUUUAUGGGAAGGAAAAAAUUUAAUAGCUACUGGAAAAGAUUGCUCUUGCGUUGUCACUAGCUAUUCAUAAUUUUGCUUAUGUAUUUCUUAGUUCAACAUAGAUUCUUUCUCCUGAUCACAUAACUGUAAAAGUAGUCUAUUUCUUGACUUUGAACGCAAAGCUUUAAUCAUAUUUGCUCAUGUAUUCAUUCUUCUGAUGGUAAGCUAGAUUUGGGAUAGUGGUUACAGUGUUAAGAAAUACUGGUAGCUGAAGAUAGUAGGCAUCAGUAUUUGCAGUAAUAUAGGAGAAAGGAAAAAAUAUUUCUUUUGCUUAUCAAGGAGUGGAAUGAUAUACACUUAUCUGCUUACUGUUUUAUGAACCUAGACUUUCAAAUCAUUUUAUAAAGUGAACCUUAGAAAAUUUGAAAUCACCUUAGAACUUAAGAAUGAUGUUUAAUCACAGUAUGUUUUCUUUUUGUAGAUACUGAUAACAUUGCUCUUUGACUAUAGGGUAAACUGAAAUGUCCUGUUAUAUAUAUUUUUUUGUUUCAUUAAUGCUAUUUCACCAGUUAGACAUAGUUGGUUCUACCAAUGUGAUUGAUAUCAGCAGAACUUCCAGUUAUUUCAGACUCAACUGCUAGAUAAUUAGUUUGUCAUGAUAAAACUUAGUUUCUCUAAGCAUAUCAUGAUAAGUCAGAAAUCCUGUAAUGGGAAACUAUCUGUUCUGAAUACUGAUAAAAGUGUUUGCUGCAGGGCUCUAUAAAUUUGAAGUAUGAGUUUAUAAACUGUGCCUACUGAAGGUAACUUCUGAAGGUUUUUGAGAGAAGGGAAACUGGAAAGCUAACGUGUAAUUUUGCCAGAAGACUCUUACUUGCAUGAAUUGCGGGGUCUUCAAGUCAUUCUAGAAGUUUCCAUUUCCAAAGGCCAGAGUUCAUUGGAAUAAAACUUUUGGACAAGAACUUGUCACUUCCAGUCUUUAUUGGAUUGAAAAUUUGUAGCAAGAUACUGUUUAAAACUUAUCAUGGGGUUUUUCUAUUUACUACUUAGCUUUCUCUGGCUAUUGACUUUCCUUUUCCUUCAAGUUAAUUAAAAUUUUCCUAAUGCUCAAUUCCCUGUAAAUAUUCUGGACAGGAAGUAUUUGAAAUAGUAGAUUUCUUUUAAAAAUGACAAAAUGGUAAAGGCUUAAAAAUGCUGAAACAAUCUUGCAAGAUUAACUUUAAACAUACUUUAAAUGGUUAUUAUUUUAUUGGUGUUAAUGAUCCCCCACAUAUAACCACUAUCAGGAAAUGAUGUCACAUUUUCCUACUAAAACUUGCACUAAAAAGAUAAAACUAAAUACUGAACAUUAAUUAAGGUAUUUUAUAUUGACAUGGCAUGCAUAUUAUAAGGAAUUAAAUGCUAUUGAAUAGCACUGGCUUCUUCACUUCUGUCAGUUGUAUGAAAUGUACAUUUCCCCAAAUACUUUACUAUCCUGUCAUGACAUUUUAAGUUCUACUUUUCAUUAACCAUUACUUGAUACUAGUUUCAUAGAGCUUAUGGCACAAAUAAAAAUGUUUCAAUUCUAAUUUUUGAGUGCAUUUUUACAAGAUUAUCUUUCAACAAAUGAUACAGGAAUGUAUACUGUGUCCAUUUUUUCAUUUUGUCUUUGCUGGUUUUCUUUUCUUGGUAGCAGGAAACUUAUGUUGUAUUUCUGAUAGUGGUGUGGCAAAAAUUCCCACUAGGUUUUAUGUGCUGGUUAAUCAUGCCUCAUUGUUUAUUGAACCAUAAUAAUAAAAGACGAGUUAGCUCCUGUUA